AACCAACUUCAAGAACAUCUAAAUGCCUCACGUGUGCUGGAGAACGAGGAUCUGUUAUGUAGUCCGGACUUUAACUAUGACCUCUCCCUAUUUCAUGCAGAGCAGGCCUGUUAUCACUCGGAGUGGUGAUCAAAAUGCAGCCUCUCUCAGGUCCAAACUCACCAACAGACGGAGGAAUCAGGGUCCAGGUUCUUCGGUGGCGGUGAAGGUAGAGCAGGAGGAGGCGAGGAUCUCCGAGCAAGGACCCUCCUCGGCCCCCUUAUCCACGGGUGCUUGCCAUCCAAAAGCAGAAACAGAUCCUUUCCCAUUGUCUUCACACAGCCGCAGAAGGAAACAGCUAAAAGUGGAAUAUGAUGAGGAUGAAGGUGUAACCCCGGUGAAGACAGAACACUGGGAACCUCCCGACUGGAAGAAACAACUGGGAUACAUCCGUGAGAUGAGGAGCGGCCGGGAUGCACCUGUAGAUAACAUGGGGGCAGAGAAAUGCUACGACUCAGAGGCUCCUGCUCAUGCCAGACGUUUCCAAGUGUUGGUUUCACUCAUGCUCUCCAGUCAGACCAAGGACCAGGUUACAGCAGCAGCCAUGAAGAAGCUCCGAGCUCACGGCUGCACUGCAGACAAUAUUCUCAAUACUGAUGAUGAAGCACUGGGGAAACUCAUCUACCCUGUCGGCUUCUGGAGGACUAAGGUGAAGUAUCUGAAGCUGACAUCGGCCAUCCUCCAGAAAGAGUUCGGAGGGGACAUCCCAGACAGUGUGGAGGGGCUGGUCCGCCUACCAGGAGUCGGACCAAAGAUGGCUCAUCUGGCUAUGGACAUCGCAUGGGACCAGGUGUCCGGCAUCGGCGUGGACACACACGUGCAUCGUAUCUCUAACUGGCUGGGCUGGCUGAAGAAACCAACCAAGACCCCGGAGCAAACACGCAAGGCCCUGGAGGAGUGGUUACCCAGGGAGCUUUGGAGUGAGAUCAACUGGCUGCUGGUGGGAUUCGGGCAGCAGGUCUGUCUCCCCGUCAAGCCGCUCUGCUCCGUGUGUCUGAACCAGCAAAGCUGUCCCUCCGCCCACAAGAUUUCUCCUACAAAAAGGCCUAAAGCUGCUUCCCCUCGCUCUCCUGAUCCAACCUCUGCCGCCACAGUAAAGACUGAACCUGGAGAACAAUCAGAGGUUAAGAAGGAGCCGCUGCACACACCUGUUUCCCCAAACGCACGGAAGAUAAAAACCAAGGUUAAAUAUUGAUUUAGUCUUAUGAGUUUUUGUCUGAGCUGCGACCAAAUAUUGGACGAGAAAAGUGAUACGCACACACUGAGAACAUUGAUGUGGAUAUCAGGAAUGGAGGAGUUUAAUUUGACACUACAACUACAUUGUUUUCACUUCAAAGAGAUAAACUAUUUUUCUACUGUUGCUGCUACUUUUUUUAUAAUAAAAUAAAAUAAAUUAUGUUCUGAAAUCA